AUGGUGGACCAAGCGGAACGCCCCUUUCGGAUCAUCGUCGUGGGUGGUGGAGUGGCUGGAAUAGUUGCUUCUAAUGCUCUUCAGAGGCUCGGUGUCGAUCAUGUUGUUCUCGAGAAGUAUUCCGACAUUGCACCUCCUCUUGGCGCAGGUAUAUCCAUGUGGCCACAUGGCCUUCGUGUCCUGCAUCAGUUGGGCUACCUUCCUGCAAUUCAGGAGGCCUCUGUCCCAAUUUCCCGAUUCUGUUCACGAGAUCCAACUGGACGGCUGAUUCACGACAAUCUUUUGUAUACUCACGUCGAGAAGAACCAUGGAAUUGGAUUCUAUCCCUUAGAGCGACAAAAUUUCUUGCAAAUUCUCUACGACGGACUACCAGACAAAUCGUAUAUCAGGACGAAUGCCGGAGUCGAAGAUGUGGCACAAUUUGCGGACCGAGUUGAAGUUAAGCUCAAAGAUGGCAGUGUUGAAGUUGGCGACAUGGUGCUUGGCUGCGAUGGUGUCCACAGCCACAUGCGGACCUUGAUGUGGCAACAUGCCGGGAAAACUUCCCCUGGCUUGAUACCAAACACCGAGAAGACUUCCCUUAAAACAUCCUGGAAGACUCUGGCGAUGACCACGCCACCCAUGCCCGAGCUUGGCGAUAGCUACCUUACCGUGACCUACAACAAUGGAAUCACAUUCCUCGCAACAUCCCAGCCACACGCCGUCUACUUCUUUGUCAUUUUUGCUCUCGAUAAGCCCUUCACCUGGCCUCACCGUGAACGCCACACGGAUGAGGAAGCUCAACUCCUGGCCGAGACUAUCAUGGAUAAACCCGUCACCGAAGAGCUGCUUUUCGGAGAAGUUUGGAGACGCCGUACUCGAGCCGUUGUCAUCUCUCUUGAGGAAUGCGUGAUGGAUCACUGGCAUCACGGCAGAAUUGUUCUGGCCGGUGAUGCAGUCCACAAGGUUCAUCCAAACAUGGCUCUGGGUGGAAACUCUGCUAUCGAGGGAGUAACUCGAGUGAUUAACAAUAUUCACAACAUUAUGAAGACUACCAAGGGACCGAAGCCAAGCGGGACAGCUUUAAGCCAUGCAUUUGCGGCAUAUGAAAAAGAGAUGAAGCAGCGAAUGAGAGAGCUCAUGGACAUCAGCAACAUGGUCGCCAAGAUGCACACAUAUGCCACGCCAGUUCACAAGCUGUUGGCCAAUUGGAUUCUUCCCAUUGCCAAUGAUAGGCUCUUUGCGGAUCACAUGGGCGGAUACCUUUCUGCAGGCCCAAAGCUCAACUUUUUGCCCUCUAUUGGCUUUACGAAUGGAUUGAUGGAAUGGAAAGAGAAGCCGGACGACUAUGAUGAAAAGAACAGUCUUAAGAACGAGAUUCGAAUCACGACUACGAUCUCUGAAUUAUCCAUUAGCGCAUAA